AUGGCUUCCUUAAGAGUCGGCUAUAUUUAUAAAACGCCUGAACUUUUUCAAAAAUCAUCGUUUAUAUGUCAUAACAUUUUUAGAUACUCAUCGAAAUUACCAAAAAAAAAAGUUCUAAAGGAAACUAUUAAACACAGGAAUUUAAUUUCUUCGACCUGUCAGUCUUUAGCUGAUAGAGGUUUUCUCAGAUCUCAGAAAGCAUACGAUCCGCCAAACGAUGUCGAAUCAAAACUGUCUGAUAUUUGUAAAAGGGUGUUAGGAUUAAAUUAUAAUGUGGAAGAAGAAAUAACCAUAAAAAACAAAUAUUUGUUAUUGAAUGCAUGUUUCGAAGAACUUGGUCAUUGUGUUCCAAACUCUGAUCUAUUCAAAAUAAAUAACAUUGCUAAAAUAAUUGAAUUUUAUAAAACACCAGUUAAAACAAUAACACCAUAUGAAGAAUUAAAAAAGCAAAAUUUACCUCCAAAUUUACAUGUUCAACAAGAUUAUGUUAGAUUUACUGAAGACACCAGUGAUUAUUUUAAGGGAAUCACAGCAUUUCCUAAAUCAUCAACAAUAGUUACUAGUCUUAAAUAUAAAUCAAAAUAUAAAGGUUACAAAGCAGAUCCAAUUAAUAAUGCUCCAUUUGAUAAAGAAGGACAUUACAAGGGCUAA